UAUGUAACUGCACUGUUUCGUGUUCCUCCAUAUGUUAUACAUGCCUAGAAGGACCAAUGGUCCUAUGGAUAUACUUCAUUAUGGAAACAGUCCUGAGUAUUUGUUCCGGUUGUCCGCCGACCUACGAACAAAUAUCCCCAGAUCUGUGCGUCAUAAAUUUAGGACCUGCAUCCUCCUUUUGCGAAGCUUCUGCGAUGUGUGCAAAUUAUGGGGCUGAGCGCGGUGAACUGGCGUUUCUAGUCGGGCGAAACGUUCGUCGGCUUAUACCUUCAUUAAAUCCUGCUACUAAUCUUUGGCUCGGGAUGAAUGGCUUUCUGAUACUUCCGAAUAGGACUGCCGUCGCAUGGCGCGACACCGACCCUCGGACACCACGAUUCACGACGGUGGGAGAAGAAAUUGUGUGGUUUGCUGACGAACCGGGUGGUGCAGAGUCAGUAAUUGUGUUUCAGUAUAGCUCGAAGGCGAUGCAUGAUUGUUACCCUACAUGCCUGUGGCCAGGAGAGCGAUUCUUUGCCUACUGUGAAUACGGGGGUUCGCUACCGACGAUGGAUCGGCCGCAGGAAUAUCGCUCGGAUUUUCCUGUGCCGAUAGACAACUUCAUCCAGACUGAUAUGCAAUUUUUCGGGUGCUAUCGGGAAGUAGAUGAACCUUCAAUUAUAGCAUGCACUCUCAAGUGUACUUUGAAUGUGGCGUGCCGAUCAAUUUACUAUCAUAAGGAAAGCCACCGUUGCGUAUCCAUGAUGUAUGCCGAUUCUCUGCUACCGUCAGUGUUCACUUCAAGUCCAAAUGGUUGGAAGCGACUAGCUAAGACAUCAUAUGCGGGGACGAGGGUUUCUUGUGUUGUCACACUGAAUAUUAGUCGAAACU